AUGAACGCCACAAACGAUCAAUACCGAAUAGGUGAUCGUGUUUCAGUCCAAGGUGACAGAGGAACUAUAAGAUAUGUGGGAGAAAUUGAGAAAUGGCCAGGAAUUGAGGCCAUUGGUAUAGAUUGGGAUAGAGCAGAACGAGGCAAGAACAACGGGACCCUAAAUGGAGUUUGCUACUUCAAAACCCAAUCGGGGCUUAAAUCAGCUUCAUUCAUAAAGAAUAUGAACAAAUUUGAUCGGAGGAGACACUUCAUUGAAGCAAUAGUUUACAAGUAUGGAAAUGAAGAGUCCCUAUCGGCUACUCAGCACCAUAGGAAAAUAGAUUUGAAGGCAAGUGAUGCCGAUAAAGGUGUUGAUAAAAUCCAAUUUGGUACGAAAAUGGUGGAAAGUUAUGGCUUUGAUAACCUUUCAAAGAUUCAAGGUGACUUCUUCAACCUUGAAAUUGUUUCCCUGGCCACUUUAGGUGUUUAUAAGUCCGACCUGAAAGAUGAUUUCCACAUAACUGAACUAUUACCAAAUCUAGUUGACUUAGACCUGAGUUCCAAUUUAUUGAAAGAUCUGAGUGAAGUAUUCAAUUUGAUCGUUCAACUGCCUAAACUACAAGUUCUUAACUUGAACGAGAAUAGGUUUACUAAUCAAGAUAUAUCAGCGUGCAAGGAAUUGAAACCAUUGACAUUAAAAACUCUGCAGCUGACAAGCACGUACAUGGAAGAUUUAUCCUUUCUUUCGUACUUCCCUGAAUUGACUACUCUUGCACUCUCUGGUAACAACUAUUCAAAUUUGCAGUUUGAGUUGAUAAUCAAGCAAAUGCCACAGACACUUUCGAAUUUAGAUUUUUCACACAACCAUGUCACUUUUGUUGACUUUACUAUGUUCAAGACAAAAAACAUCGAAACGAUCAAUCUUUUUGGAAAUAAUAUUACCAAGAUUAUACCUUAUGUAACCAAGGUGUCGUCCAUCAAUUUUAACCAGAAUCAGAUAACGGAAUGGCCAUUGGUGGAUGAAAUCUCUCAACUAGAUUUAAGAACUGUCAGUAUAACAUUCAAUCCUUUAUUCGAAAACUCUUCUGAAGACCAAUUGUAUCAGCUAUUAGGCCGCCUGAAUGCGAAUCUGUCAACGCUGGAUGGCUCAAUAAUUACUGCUACUCAGAAAGAGAGCCUGGAACUGUAUUUCAUUCAGCAGGUCAAAUCUCAUAAAAUUGUCUAUCCUAAGGUUUUGGAAAGAUGGAGAGAACUCUGUGACACUUACAACGUUGAAGCUGAUUCUAACGAAACGGUAACUGCCAAGCCUUUAACAACCAUAGCAUCGAUAUUGCUGAAUUUAAAUGUCAUUGACAAAGACAGAUCUUUUCCGGUAAUAGCGUUUCCCAAUUACACAGUCCUCAAAUUAAAAGGUUCAAUUUGCGAGCAAAUUGAUUCAAACAUCCUACAAAUUAACAUUUAUUUCAUCAUUAAAGAAACUUCAGUUCGACAACAAAUGGAUGAUGAUCUAAGCACUCUUAAUACUUAUGGACUAUCUAACCUACAGAAUAUUUACGUGGAAAGGGUAAACCUGAAAUGA